AUGAGUUCUGCAUACUCCUCUGAACAAAUUGACCUGUACGAAGAGUACAUUUCUCUCCCCUCCAAAUAUCGACGGGGAAACAAUCCUGCACUUACUCUCGACUAUCUAACAUCUCUACACAUCCAUCACAUCUCCACUAUUCCUUACGAAAAUCUACUGCUACACUACUCACCCGAUCACUCGGUAUCUCUAGACCCUCAAGCACUCUUCACAAAAAUCAUAACCAACGCUCGAGGAAGAGGUGGAUAUUGUCUAGAAGGUAGCACAUUUUUCAAUCACGUGUUAAGAGCACUAGGAUUCCAAGCAUAUACCGCCGGAGUCAGGAUCAGACGUAGAUCUACACACGAUGGUGUUCCACGGGGGAAUUACAUCGGCUGGUUCCACAUCGUAAAUAUAGUCACACUCCCCAACACCCACAAAUACAUGAUCGACGUCGCAUUCGGCGGUGACGGAGCCACCAAACCCCUCCCCCUCAUCCCCGGUCACACGAUUCACAAUCUCGGAACCCAGGAAAUUCGUCUCGUGUACGAACCCAUCCCGCAACAAACCGACCAAUCGAAACCUCUCUGGAUAUAUCAAUAUCGCAACGGACCCGACAAGGAAUGGAAUUCUUGGUACGCGUUCAACGAACAUGAAUUCCUGCCGGAGGAUUUCGAAAUCAUGAAUUAUUUUGUGAGUACGAAUAUGAGCGAGAGGAAUUUUCAGACGAAGAAUGUUUUGAUUGUGGCUUUUGUGACGGGGGAGGAUGAGCAUGGGAGGGAGAAGAUUGUGGGGAAGAGAAUGUUGAUUAAUGGGGAUGUGAAGGAGAAUAUGGGUGGGAAGACGCGGUUGGUGAAGGUUUGUGAGAGCGAAAGUGAGAGGGUGCAGGUGAUCAGGGAGUUUUUUGGGAUUCGUUUGACGGAUGAAGAGGUGGGUGCUAUGAGAGGGAGGAAUGUGGAGUUGAGAGGCUCUCAUGCGUCGCUGGAAAUUUCGGGAGUAUAA